GCAAACGAGAGCUAAUCAGCAUCGUGAUUCUGGAGUCAACUCCACACUAACUCAGAGAGCAGGUUGGAUACACAUACACUGCAACCUUCAACUGCAACACAGCCCUGCAAUACAAACUAUCCAUCGUCUUCCGUAACUCAACUGCAGUAUGUUCAAAUCCAAUUCCUUGAUCUUUGAUAAAUCUUUCUUUAUGUUUGUCUAGAGUUGAAAGUGCUUAUCUAUCUACCGAAUUCAUUAAUUGUUUAUAACUGCUUAUUAAACUCUCUCAACAUAAGACUUACUGUGUAAUUGACUAAACUUACUUGCAUUGUCUUAGUUUUGUCAAAUUUAUAGACCAUCAGUCAACAAACCAGUCAGGGGGCGGCCUAGAAAAAUCUUGGGAGUUCCUAACCUGAGAGCAGGCCUGGAUACACAUACACUACCAACUUCAGCUGCAACACAGUCGUGCAGUACAAAUUGUCCGUCUUCUUCCGUAACUCAACCGCAACCAACAGUCACCAAAACAGGUAGGGGCCGGCCAAGAAAACAGUUGGGAGUUCCUAACCUGGCGUUCAACUUGAGCAGACAGUUUCCGGUCCAGAUCAAUGAACAUCAAACAGGGCUUUCUAAAGGCACACCCGAUUCAACUUCACAAAAUAGGAAUGGAGAGAGACCUUCUGCACAUAAUAUGGAUAUCCCUCAAGUCAUUAAUCAACCUAGCAGUGAUGUGGCUACACCAUGCUCUAACUCCACACAUAAGCCCAACCAUAUACCUGAGCCUUCAUGUCCUAUUUUUACGCCUACUGUGAAUUUGGAUUUUAAUAGUGACUCCGAAGAUGAUAGCGAUUAUGACCCAUUUGCAACGUAUUGCUCCGAAGAUGAGUGGUGUUCAGAAUCUGAAGAAAAUACAGCACCUUUUACAAUUAACGAAAAUUCUGCCGGAACUUCUGAAGAUUAUUACGACAUUGGAGACCCUCUCAUUGAAUGUCGGUAUUGUAAAGCAAUGAUGUGGUAUCAGGAGAGGAUGCACAAAAGUUCUCAUGCAGCUAAUCCGAAGUUUAUGCUUUGUUGUGGGAAUGGGAAAGUUCAAAUUCCAUUGCUAGAACAACCUCCAGAAAUACUUUCAAAGCUUUUAUUUGAUCACGAUAACUUAGAUAGCAGAAAGUUCCAACAACAGAUCCGAGUUUACAAUAUGAUGUUUGCCUUCACAUCACCCAGAGCAAAGUUGGACAACCGUUUUAACAAUGGACGCGGGCCUCCAACACUUAGGGUACAAGGUCAAACGUGUCACCGAAUUGGGAGUUUGUUACCUCCUGAAGGUCAAACGCCUAAGUUUGCUCAGUUAUAUAUAUACGACACGGAGAACGAGGUCCAAAAUAGAAUGCAAGGACUAAGGAACAAAAAAAACAUUAAUGAGGUGGUUGUACAUCAAUUGUCUGAGAUGCUGUAUGAGUGCAAUCCUCAUGCUAAGAUUUUUCAAAUGGCAAGGCAAUGGUUAAAUAAUGGUGAGAGUCAGAACUUGAAGUUGAGACUAAUUUCAGAUAGAUCCACAGAUGGAAGAGUAUAUAAUCAACCAACCGUUUCUGAAGUUGCUGCCUUGGUAGUUGGUGAUAUUGACACAGCAGAAAUGAGGGAUAUCAUUAUGCAAACAAAAGGAGGAAGAAUUCAGAGAAUCAACGACCUUCAUGCCAGUUACAUGGCUUUUCAGUAUCCUUUGAUUUUUCCGCACGGUGAGGACGGUUAUAGGCCUGAUGUAGCUCAUAGAGACUUGCUCAUAUACGGAAACAACAUAAGAAAUAGGCUUACAAUUAGAGAAUGGCUUUCAUUUCGCAUACACAACAGGCUAAAUGAAGCUAAGACUCUAUUGUCCUCACGAAGGUUAUUCCAACAAUUUUUGUGCGAUGGUUACACAAUGUUAGAAUCAGAGAAAUUAGAAUGGCUUCGAAAAAAUCAACCAAAGCUUAGGGUCUCCAAGUACAAGUCUCUAAAUGAAGAAGGCGAUCAGAGUCAAACCCAAGGAUCAAACAUAGGUAAAAGAGUUAUUUUGCCAUCUUCCUUUGUGGGCGGUCGUAGAUUUAUGGAUCAAUUGUACUACGAUGGAAUGGCUAUUUGUAGUAAAGUUGGAUUUCCUGAUUUGUUCAUUACAUUUACCUGCAAUCCAAACUGGCCUGAGAUUCAAAGAGUACUUGGUCCUCUUCACUUGAAACCACAAGAUCGACCGGACAUCAUUUCAAGAAUAUUCAAAAUCAAGUUUGAUCAAUUGCUAUCCGAUUUAACCAAGAAAGGUGUAUUAGGGAAAGUGCUUGCUUAUAUGUACACCAUUGAAUUUCAAAAGAGAGGAUUGCCACAUGCCCAUAUAUUGAUCUUUCUGCAUCCUUCAAACAAAUAUCCAAGACCCGAACACAUUGACAGGAUCAUUAGUGCGGAAGUGCCCGAUCCCUUGACACACCCACGGUUGUACAAUUUGGUAAAAUCCCAUAUGGUUCAUGGUCCUUGUGGAUUGGAAAAUGCUAACGCACCUUGCAUGAAAGAUAGGAAAUGCAGCAAGUUUUACCCCAAAAAAUUUCAACCUACGACUAUAGUGGACCAAGAUGGAUAUCCUGUUUAUAGGAGAAGAAACAACGGACACACAAUUGAGAAAAACGGAAUCAUCUUUCAUAGUGGUCAUGUAGUUCCUCACAACCCAAGUUUAUUGUUGAAGUACGAAGCCCAUAUCAACAUGGAAUGGUGCAAUCAAAGUACUUCAAUCAAAUACCUUUUCAAAUACAUAAACAAAGGUUCUGAUCGAAUUUCUGCUGUCAUACAAGGUAAAGAUAAAGACAACGUUGACGAGAUCAAGCAAUAUUUGGAUUGUCGAUACAUCUCUCCAAGUGAGGCAUGUUGGAGGAUAUUUUCUUAUUCUAUACACGGAAGAAAGCCAGCCGUAGAGAGAUUGUAUUUUCACUUGGAAGGUGAAAACUCCGUUUACUACAAAGACUACGAGCAAGUUGGUGAUGUUUUACUCAAACCAAGUGUAACUGAGUCAAUGUUUACUUCUUGGUUUGAGGCUAACAAAACUUACGAACAUGCUAGGUUACUAACUUAUGGUGAUUUUGUUUCUAAGUUUGUUUACCAUAAACAGAGUCGGAGUUGGAAACCAAGGAAGCGAGGGUAUACCAUUGGUCGACUUAUUUGGGUUCCUCAAAGCACAGGUGAAUUGUUUUAUUUAAGGAUGAUGCUCACGGUAAAAAAAGGCCCUUUGUGUUAUGAAGACAUCAAGAAUGUGGAUGGUAAACAACACAAAACUUUUAGAGGAGCAUGCUUUGCGAUGGGAUUUCUAUAAGAUGAUAGAGAAUUUGUUGAGGCAAUUAAAGAGGCACAUGUAUGGGGUUCGGGAGUCUUUUUACGCAAAUUAUUUGUUACAAUGUUGUUAUCCUCAUCCAUGAAUAGACCGGAACAUGUGUGGAGAUUGACUUGGAGGUAUUUAUCCGAUGGUAUUCUUUAUGAUCAACGAUUAUUGGCAGGAGAUCAAGGUUUGAUACUAACUGAUCGGGAGCUAAAGGAAUUGACGUUAAUGGCAAUUGAAUCACUGUUGCAAAACAAUAAUAAAAGUUUGAAGGACUUCAAGCCAAUGCCAUAUCCAAAAGAUUAUGUUGUUUCCUUUAUAGGAAAUAGACUUCUUUAUGAAGAGCGUCAAUACAAUGUUAUGGAACAACAACAAAUUUUUGAUAAUUUGUACUCUUCUCUUACAGGUAAUGUGACUUAAUUAUUUGCCAAGAUAUUAAAAUAAUACUUCAUUGAUAUUGUAUAAAUGAUUAUUUUUUACUUCUGUUAUUUGUAGAUGAGCAAAGAUUAAUUU